AUGUCUUCAUCCUGUUGUAAGGGCAAAUCAGGUAAAUUGGCAGGGUCGUGUGCGUUAACAGGGUCGCAGCUCGUUGAACUCUCUCCUACAAGAUCAAAGCCAGAGAUUGACGACGACAGUUGUUGCAAUGUUAAUGAAGUUGGAUCUCUAAAGCAAGCUCAACUUUCAACACUGGUGGCGCAUUCAGAGACAGUCAGUCCUUGCGUUGUAUGCGAUGGCUUUUCUAGCCUCGGGCAGUCUUGCUGUAAUGAAUCCUGCAUCAUUCGUAUUGCCGAUCGCGAGUGCAAUGAAUCAUGUGGUUCUCGUGGUGACUUUCCGAGCACUUCAACUGCUGACGAGAAGGCAUAUGAUAAGGGAGAUGAUUGUUGUGCAAAAUCUAAGCAAUCUACAAAAAACAAGAAAGGACCAUGCCAGAGCCACAUGCAGUCAGCGAAGAGCCGAUUUCAACCUACUCUCGAUGCUCUCGAAUGCAUUUGUCGUACGCUUUUUGCCUUGAACCUCGAAUCAUGCUGUUCGAAGAUAGAUAAUACGUCAUGCAUGUCUCUUCGAUCUAGUGCCAACACUAUUAGCCAUCGUCAAUCAUCUGAAACACCUUCAAAGUGUGGCAAAGGUGAUGGCUACUGUUGCGUGGCCGUUUCUGAUCUACACAAAAAACAACCAGAACAAGAAUGCAAGAAAGGUCGUCCUUCCACUGGCGCUAGUUGUGAUAAAUUGGUGAUAUCAAGGCUGUCUACUUCAUGUGAGAAGAAAUGUUGCAGCGAAGCAUUGGUUUCGGCGACAGCUGGGGUAACAUCUAACAAUUGCCGCUCUGAUGAUUCAGACUCGAUAGAGAGUAGAAUUUUACAGGCACCAACUCCUGAUGUCCACAUGGAUUUGGAGAAAGGUUAUUUGAGUAGGGAGCGUGUAGUCCUAAGCAUCCAGGGAAUGACCUGCACUGGUUGCGAGACAAAGCUUGAACGUACGCUCGCUAACAUUCCUGGUGUCUCUGAGAUCAAAACCAGCCUGGUUUUAUCACGAGCAGAAUUUUAUUUCAGCUCGGCUCAGAUGUCUGUUAACGAAGCAGUG